UCUGUCAAGACUCAAAAAGAAUCCUGGAUAUUCACAACUCCGCCGCCACUGCCGGCCCCAAGACCGCUUUGAGGCGGCGCCAUCCUCGAUUUUUCCCCAACCAAGCUCGGACUUCGCCAUGCCAUGACUGCCCAGCGUUGUAUUUAUUUGUUUUCUGCCGCCUCUGCCUCUGCUGACUUAUCUUCCAAAUUGCAAAGUUGAGGUGCUGUGCCUUAAGAAACCUCUCGACAAGUCCACUGGCUUGAGAGCCAGAUACUAGGUGUACUAGGUGUUCUGAGCUAGUUAUAGGUACUGCAGUACCUUGCAAGAGAAUCUUCAUGGAUAUCGUAUCCCAAGAUAUCGAGAAGGCAGAGCUGCAAGCCAGCCGUGAUGCUGCUCGUCAGUCCAUGGAGCAUGGUGAUGAUGCUCGCCGCGAAUCUUACGCUUCCAGCUCUUCUUCCGACUCUUCGUCCAUAUCUUCCUAUGACGAAGCUACCCUGUCCAGAAUACGAACCGGACCUGACCUCGAACGACAGGCAACCGCUCUCAGUCGCAUUGCAACGCAGAGAAGUCAACAUAGUGCUACAGUUGGUGCAAGUCUCAAGACCCGUUCUUCGAAGCAUCUAAAGCCUCUGCCAGCGUUUGGUGGCGGGAAGCCAUAUCCGCCGCCUCUGCCAGAGAAGGAAGAGUAUGUCGUGGAAUUCGAUGGUCCUGAUGACCCUCUGCACCCGCAGAACUGGUCUGCCAAAAGGAAAAUCGCAACGUCAUUUAUGCUUGGUUGGACGACGCUCAUUGCCUCUUUCGCGAGCAGUAUCUUUUCAGCUGCUACGACCAAUGUCGCCUCUAAAUACCAUGUUUCCGCAGAAGUUGGAGUUCUUGGCCUUUCGCUAUAUGUCCUAGGUUUCGCAACUGGCCCCGUUAUAUGGGCCCCUUUAUCUGAGCUCAGAGGUCGUCGAUUACCCAUCCUCCUCGGGAUGUUUGGAUUUACCAUCUUUCAGUUCGCCGUUGCAACCGCAAAGGACCUGCAGACAAUCAUGAUCUGUCGAUUUUUUGGAGGCUUCUUCGGAGCUUGCCCAAUCGCGGUCGUUGCCGCGGUCUUUUCCGAUAUUUUCGACAACCGUACUCGUGGUCUCGCUAUAACGAUGUUCAGUAUGACUGUUUUCAUGGGCCCCCUUCUUGCUCCUUUCAUCGGUGGAUUCAUCGUGGAUAGCUAUUUGGGCUGGCGUUGGACGCAGUACCUUUCUGGCAUCAUGGGAGCUAGUGCUUUGGUCCUUGACUUCUUCUUCCUUCAGGAGACCUAUCCGCCCGUUGUCCUUAUUGGCAAGGCUGCAGAACUUCGGCGGCGUACGAGGAAUUGGGGAAUUCAUGCGAAACAGGAGGAAGUUGAAGUCGACUUCCGCGAGCUCAUCCAGAAGAAUUUCAGCCGUCCCAUGAAGAUAUUGUUCACCGAGCCAAUCGUGCUUCUUCUCAGUAUCUAUAUGGCAUUCAUCUACGGUCUUCUUUACCUGUUCAUGACAGCAUACCCGAUCGUAUUCCAGCAGGUCCACGGCAUGAACAAGGGUGUUGGUGGUCUUCCUUAUUUCGGCAUGGUCGUUGGCGAACUACUAGCUGGAGUCUACAUUCUCAUUGGGCAGCCGUCGUACAACAGAAAAUUGGCUGCCAACAACGGUAUUCCUAUCCCUGAAUGGCGUCUGCCGCCCGCCAUGAUCGGAGGCGUCGCAUUCUCUGGCGGCCUUUUCUGGUUUGGUUGGGCCGGCUACAAGGCUAGCAUUCACUGGAUUGUGCCUACCUUGUCUGGUCUGUUGACUGGAUUUGGUCUGCUCGCAAUCUUCCUGCAGUCCCUCAAUUACAUUAUCGAUGCCUAUCUGCUAUUCGCGGCUUCUGCCAUCGCAGCGAACACCUUUAUGCGUUCCCUCGCAGGCGCUGGAUUUCCGCUUUUCUCUCAGUAUAUGUUCCAUGGAUUGGGAGUGAACUGGGCUGGCACUCUGCUCGGCUGCGCGGCCGCUGUUUUGGUCCCUAUCCCGGUCUGCUUUUACAUCUACGGCCCUAAGUUGCGUGCGAAGAGCCGAUUUGCGCCUACCUUUAUCCCAGCAGUACAAGCCCAGGAACAUACGGGCGAAGCAUGAUUUACGCCACUCGAAGGUAUUUCUCGUCCAAACAAAAAGUAAUUCGUUGUCCCAAUUUCGACUAGAUACCCAUUUGCAUCAGGCCGUUCUUAUGCUUUAGAUCUGUGGAAUGCAUUUAUGAGCUGAAGCAUGCCGUUGGCGCUGUUUAUCUUGUGAUAUCUAAUCUAUGUUUUUGUGUCUUCGUUUUAUGACCGAUAUUCGAUGUCACAUACUAUGUCAUGUAAUUAGAGAUGAACUAAUGCCAUAAUUUUC